AUGUUAGAGCCCGACAUGACCUGCUACAGUACUGCAAUCAGGGCGUGUGAGGCUCAGGAGGCGAUGGGAGUGCCAGGCCAGGCGAAGCUGGAGCCUACCAUCAUUAGCCACAGUUCUGUGAACAGUAUGUGCGAGAUGUGGGAGGUGAAGGCAGAGCCCAACAGGAUCAGCUACAGCGCUGCGAUCAGGACGAGCGCGAAGGGGAAGGCGAAGUUAGAGCCAGUUAUCCCUAUUACUGGCCACAGCACGGGGACCAGCGCGUGCGAGAGGUGGAAGGCGAAGGAAGAGCCCGACACCAUCAGCUACAGCGCUGAGAUCAGGGCAUGUGAGUAG